UAUUUGCGCAUGCGCACCCUACAGUCCUCCUUUUCGAUUUCCGAACGACUGAGACAAGAUGGGCCAUCAGCAGCUCUAUUGGAGUCACCCAAGAAAAUUCGGUCAGGGAUCCCGAUCCUGCCGGGUAUGCUCAAACAGACACGGUCUGAUCCGUAAAUACGGGCUCAACAUGUGCCGCCAGUGCUUCAGGCAGUACGCAAACGACAUCGGCUUUGUCAAGCUGGACUAAAUGCAUUGGAUGCUGACUGUUCCCUAUUCAAGAUCAACAGUGGAUGAUGCAGCAUUGAAAAUAAAUGUUUUUUGUUCAACGUAA